AUGCCCGCUCGGCGCCCGUCUGCCACCGCUCAGAAUAUCGUGAACACUUCGUCUCGCGUUCACAAGAGCAACGGGUCAAACAACAGCAUGUCGGGACCUUCUCUGCUUGCCCCGUCCCAGAAUUUGCCGUACUCCAGCACCUCUGUUCCCACGACGCCGCAGCAAAAAGUAGUAUAUGUCCUCGUCAAUCGGCUCAAGAACAAGCUUCCCUAUAAUUCAGGAAUCACUCUCACAGAGAUAGAGGCCGAUGAUGCUGUGCUGCAAGUGGUCGAGACCCUUGUCGAGAUGUCUCGCGAGUCGUUGGACAUCAUAGGAUGGGCACUGACAGAGCUGUUGGAGAAGCUAGCCAAGCAAACCGACUCGAAUGGCUUUAAGACGGUCGACGUCUUGCAGUCACAGCUGUUCAUCCUUAAAGUGCUAUCAAUCUGCAUGGCGUCCCGAUGGGGCCGCCGUCAGGACGCGACCAGACCAGAUUCACGGAAUAGCAAGCAACCUGCCGUUCAGCCUAUGACCCCAUCAUCCAAGCCCACAACGCCCGACUCCCCUGCGCCCACUCCGUACGCACAGAGCGUCAGCAGCAGCAGGCGGCGGCAACAAGGAUCAACGGACCACUUGUCGGUGCUCGUCGAACCGCCACCGCUAGACGAGAACUGUGCGCGGUACAUCUUGAGCGUGAUGGUAAUGUUACUGCGGCAGACGGCUCCGCUCAAGCCUAGGUUGAUGACGGCUGCGAGCAUGGACUUUGCGGCAUCCCACCAUGACUUUGAGUCGGUGGAUGCGCCAGACAUGCUGUCCGAAUUGGAUUACCUGAGUGGUACUACGUCAGGCCCAGACCCUAUCUUGCCGCCUACUAUUUCGCCCUUCCCGCAGACGUACAAACAGCCGCUGUCGCGGGUGAAGUACGCUUCAUCAACAUCUCUCAAGUCUGCUACUCCGAGCACGGUUUCGACCGCGCAUACUUCGAAACACUCCAUUGUAUACGAGAAGACGUCGAUCGUCACCUCGAGAUCAGCAUCCUCGCUCAACACCAUUAUUGCGAAGUUCGCGGGGAGGAUAGUGUACCAUCUGUCAGCGUCGAACUGGAGUAUCGUCUUGCACAGAAUCCGCAAUAAGAUCCACACGUUGGCGAACUCGAUAGAUUCUGAAACCGAUGCGGUUGACCUGCAACUGAUGAUGCAUAGCGCCUUGGAUAAGACACGUCUAACGCAAUCAUUGCAAGAAUUAUCUUCUCUCCUGCUCAAUAUGAAACCGGAAGCACAGCUGGCGGUCGCUAUCCCACUGCGAGCGGCGAUUUGGAACUGGAUCGAUCUAUACCCGGAGGAAUUCAAUGAGACACUUCGAUACCACCGCCGAAUGGAUGGUGCCCCCGAACGCGUAUUUGACAUCCUAUGGGACUCUUACGAGAUGAAUCACAAGCCAGGCAUAUGGCCCACGCUCUCGGCGCUGUCAUGUAUCAGCACGGACCGAUUGAAGACUGACUACCAGGCGAAUUCCCUGGACAAGCUCUCGGAGGAAGCGCUAAUCUGUGCCCUCGACAUGGCUAGAGCGUUCUUCCGCUUGCACCCCGCCGAUGAAGGAGCAGAGCAUCCUCUCCAAAUGGUUGCACACGAUGUUGCACACGAAGUGAAGCGCUUGCUCUUGAAUUGGGAUGGUCCCAAGGCGUUCUGGGAGUGUCCUGAUGAGAUCGAUGUUGCGCUCAUCGCGGAUGCCAUGGUCACCGCCUUUCGGUUCCUACCACAGGAUGAGAUGAUCCCAAUAUUCAAAUCCGCGUUGGAACCUGAGCGCUCGCAUGCAGUCAAAAUCUCUGCGAUCAAGGCAUGCAUCACCAUGAUCAGAGAGGCUCCGCGGUGCCCUUGGCAGGUAUCCUUGACAGGUCUUCGGGAUGCAACAGCAUCGUGUUUGCUACGUAUAUAUCAUACCUGCACCACGCGCCGAAGCGAGGUGGAUUCUACUGGGACAAUCAAGAAGGCGGCUUUGCGGCCAAGAGCCAAACGUUAUUCCUCCGAGACGCUACCUGACCCGGAGCUCCUGUCGUUCUCGGUUCUGGCUUUGUUCCGGGCAGAUCCAAUGUGGCAUCUUGCUUCGAUGGAUGAUAGUCAGAUUCCGGGAUACAUCCCUACUAUCAUCAGAUGCUGGGGUUCGCCGGGGGAUCAAGCUGUCAAGAUGGCUAUGUCCCGGACGUUCCGCACAACGGUGGACCGAAUUGCGAGGAUGGUGCCGGAGCAUCCGUUCUUUCAGAGAUCAUGUACUUGGUUGGCAAACGCAGGGCCUGCUAUUCUUGCGACGGCAUGCACCAAUCUCCUCAACGCGCGAACCGACUUUCAGGCACAGCGCUUGUGGGUCAACAUGGCAUAUGAGAUUAUUUAUCGGUUCACGCGGGAUUCCCCUCAUAUGAAGCAAAUCCAAUUGACCACGGGGCGCUUGCCAUCCUUCGCCAUCGCCGAGAUCGCGUUCCUCGUGUCCUUGACGUCCGCAGAUGCGAAUGUGACACUGACUGCUGCGCAUUGUCUUCGUCUACUUGCACAAGCCGAGACUUCGCCUGAUGUACCUGUCACAAAAAGCAUGUCCGAAGAGGAGCGAGUGAAGCGGUAUCCGAUAUACGAGCAACUUGGAGACCCCAGAAUCAUGGUAAUCGGUCGCAUUGGACACCAGAAACGUGUCCGGAAGCUCAUGCGCCUCAUGCCGUCCUCCUCAGCUGUGCACAUCGCCGUGUGGGAGGAGUGUUUCUUCCGAUGGGUCCUCUUAAACGAGAUGGUCAUACGAGAUACGAUCGAUAGCACAGUCGACGGCUUCGACAGCGGCCGCGCGCCAAUAGGUGAUCGAGCAAUGUCCACAGAGGAGCGACUGGCCCAAUGGCAGAACCUAGCACUAUUCUUGGCAUCAUUCGGCUCUGCUUGUGCUCGCAACCCAGACGCUCCUUUCAAUCUGACUUUGAAUGUGGCGCCGUAUUUCCUUCCGGAUCAGCUGCAAAAUUUGAGAGAUCCAGAGGACUUAUUCGGACAACUGCUGCGACAGCUCAUCGACCUUCUCAUACAUGAAACUAUUAUCGUACGAGACACGGCCAGAGAUGCCCUGGGGAGCGAAGCGAGCCCUCGAUUAUAUACCAGGAUUUUCAAGGAGCUGGACAACGUCGUCAAGCAACUUUCGCUCGGGGAUAGUAUUGACUGGGAUAACCUUGCAAUUUUCGUCGAACAGUUCCUCGGGAUUCUGAAGGUCCUAGUGGAGAAUGUACAGUAUUUGGAGGAGAUUCGCGGCAUGGAGUUACCCAUUACGCUCUCGGUCAUCGCUGGUUUCAUCGGACGUUUCCAUGACAUCGUUUCCUACCGUCUCCGACUCAAGUUCUGCAACAUGUGCGAAAGUGUCUUCAACCAAGGGGAAACAAUGGCAAUGCGCAAGGAUGGCAAUAAUAGGCAAAAGAUUGUUGACAUCAUCGUGGAAUGGAUACAGGAUACCUCCAGUUGUGACCGCGAUCUCCUCCCUAUCCAACGUGAUAUCAAUGUCGCUGCUUUCCGUGCUGCCGUGAAAUUAUUUGACCGUCUCAAACUCGAACCACCUGAUGGAACGAGUAGUGAAGAGACCGCUCAUGUUGUGUCACGGCUUUUCGCACGUUAUUCUGCUGUUCUGUUCAGAGUGUGGGAUACGACGCGAUCUGAUGCUGCUACCGCGGACGAUGGGACGGACAAAUCAUCGCUCACAGGAUUUAUACAGGUCCGGUCAAUACAACGCGAUGGGGAAUUGCGCGAACUCGUCAUCACUGGGUUAGCGUCUUUGGUAAGCGCGAACCCAGAAGUCGGUGUGAAGCAUUGCUUGCCGCUUGCCUACGACGAAGACCCGACGAGACGUAUCAUCUUCUGCUAUGUCUUCUGUCGGGUGCUUCCGGAAGGCAUCUCUUUGGCUUCGCCAGAUCAUCAACCAAUGGUGCAUCGCCAAAGCCGUCUUUGUGAGCUGGUCAAAGGCCCCGAUAUGUCGUUGGCUCUAGCCAUCUGCGAGGUUUGUCCUGCAGGGCAGGUGGACAAUCUCAUUUCAGUCAUGUUAAAUCUCUUCGACACCCGAUCGUCUUUGAUGACUUUGUUGAAGAACAUGAUUGACGUUGAAGUCGCACGGACAGAAAGCGACACGUCACUGUUCCGUGGCAACUCUACAUGUACUCGAUUCUUGUCCGCCUUCGCCAACGUAUAUGGCUACAACUAUCUCCGAAGUCUCAUCAUACCGCUGAUCAAAACGAUGACCUCGAUGCCCGCUGGACAUGGAUAUGAUCUGAAUCCGGCCAAGGUGGGUGAACAGGUCGCGGAGCAGAACAGGGAGAAUAUCAAGUUGGUCACAUCCUCAUUCCUGCAAAUCAUCUUGUCAUCGAUACCAGCAGUUCCUCCGAUGCUUCGCGAAAUCUGUGCUCAUAUUGCAAAAGUAGUGAAUGACGUUUGGCCUGAGGCCAAGUUUGCGGCAGUCGGCGCUUUCAUGUUUCUGCGAUUCAUUUCACCUGCUAUUGUCGCGCCAGAGACAAUCGAUAUUCAAAUCCCGCAAGAUGAUCUCGUUAUCCGUCGUGGACUAAUGUUGGUUGCUAAAAUCAUUCAGAACUUGGCAAACAAUAUCUUCUUCGGCAAAGAAGCGCACAUGGUAGUCCUCAAUGAAUUCCUCUCCGAGAAUAUCUUCAACGUCACAAAGUUCCUCAGCGAGCUCAAUAAAUUCUCUCCCUCUGGUGUAGAAGAAGAGCCGGAGGAAUGGUUGGAGACGACUUACGACGAUACAGACACCAUCGUCUUGCACCGCUUCCUCGAGAAACAUGCAGACAAGGUCGGCAAGGAGCUACUGAGCACUGCGAAACCUUCAGAGAAAACGACUCCUCAAACUGAAGCAUCUGCUGCCAAUGGUAAACGUAUCUGGGACGCACUCUGCGCUGCAUUGGUAGAGUUAGGCUCGCCUUUGGAGACCCCUCGUCUCUCCAACGCUACAACCCGCGAUCAUCAUGAAUACCUGGAUUUGAUGGCAAGAUAUGAACAUCGGGACAUGGGAUCUAUGCAAGAUAUACUCGUAGAGGCUUCGACCCCAUCACUCCAGGACAAGGCCAUCUUCAUCUUGUCGAUUUCAAAGAUUGAUGUCGAGGUUCUUGACGUAGAACUACUAGUAUACUACAUCUUCAAUGUACUCGGUUCGCCCGCCUAUGUGAACCGCGAGUUCGAGAUGAUACUUGACUACACAUCGUUUUCAUUUGCCUCCCAACUGCCUGUGCAAUGGAUAAAGUUCGCAUAUGAGGUUACACCCGCCGACAUAAGAAAACGUUUCCGUACAACUUAUGUCUUGACCCCCAACACCCUCGCUGUGAAAUCACUGCGUCGCACGUACAACCUGACUUCCGGAAUGGGUAUAUCUUCGAACAUGGUCGUUUGUUCGACUCUUGAAGAGCUACUGCAGCACAUGCCAGAAGGAGUCUCGCUGCCGUCGCUUCAUUAUGCCAUGUCCUUAGAAGGAGAACCGUGCGACAUCUUUGACGAUGUCACAGUACGACAAGCACAUCCUAUGCGCGUCCCAGUGCAGCUGCAGGUAGCACAGAGCCAUCUGCGCAUUACUACAAUGAAGGCCCAGUCGAUCGGCGGUUCUUUAAGCUGUAAAGCUACAGACAUCAUUCCUCUCGCCGAUAUCAAUGACGUGUACAAUGUUUCAACUGGCCAUGAUCCCAACGAGUUCAUAAUACGGAAAACUCGGCAUGGUAUCACGCUGUACUUCUCAUCACCUGUACGGGAUGUGAUUGUCAAGUCGAUUCGUAAUGCCAAGAGCAACAUGCGACCCAUUCAAUUACCUGGAACAGAGCGUCUCUCGAGAUUCUCCAAUGUUGUUGCUACCUUGUUGCAUGUUGGCAUGAUAGGAGUCUGCUCGAUCGACGAGGACGUCAAGAUUGCGGCGAAUGUGCUAUUGCAAGCCAUAUGCGUGUACCUGGACUUCGAGGGGAGACCAUUACUUACAUCCAAGAGUAUUAUGAUCAACGGACUCCCGGGCCCGAUGCUCGUGCAACUUAGCGAUGCGCUCGCCGAAUUUGCUCCCCAUCUGACGCUAGACUUCAUCACUGAGGUGUCUACAGCCAUGGGCAGAGCCGUUGUACCCGACCGGAUUGUAAGUAUGCAAUACAUGGCUCCUUGGACGAAGAAUCUUGCAUUCUUCACGGACCCGACAAGCCAAUACUACGAGCACUCUGCUACCAAGUUCCGGGACUGUAUUCGAGUGCUAGUCGAUCUUACUAUGGUCGAUCACGAGCUGGAUGCUCUGAUUCAACGGUACAUAUGGACCGAGAUCGGCAAGCUGGAUAGUAGCGUCGUGAAUGCUGUUCUGGACGAACUUAUGCGAGCUGCCGUCGAUGGUGGAAUUGGAUCUGUGCGCUGUGCAAGAGUGGCCGAUAGCAUGGGGGCCAUGUCCUCCAUCAAUAUUCGCGGCAGACUAUUGUCUAGACUUCGCAAAGUCAUCGGCAAAACGUCGACGAAACCAACAAAGAACCUGGGUGAUAACGUACAUUGGAACGAGAUUGCUUGUCUUGUUAAACUGGUUCUGGUGGCAUGUCAUCAUGGCCAGAGCCUCGUGCAAAGCCUUAUGUUCCUCCCGGAAGCUGCCCACCUCGUAACCCUGACAGCUGGCAUUGGUCAAACGCUGGUUCGGACCUCAGUCUACGGGGUUAUUGUUGGCCUAACCAACGGUCUCUACACCACUAACCUCAUGGGGAAUGUUUCCAGUCCGGAACUGCAGCAAAUCAUCGGUGAACUUGAACAGCCUGAGACGCUCCGGCUGUUCGGUCUCUUGCGACCCACUCCGACUAGCGAUUAUGUCAAUUUUGAUCCACCAAAUGACAAGCUCUACAUUGACACGAUGGAGGGCUUGGUACGCUUCCUGGUCAGGGUGUUGGAGGUUAUGUCCGGGACGAAAGGCUUGCUCAACGUUUGGCGCGCAAGAUGGAUGAGCUUGGUCACGUCGUCCGCAUUUCAACUAUCCCCUGCUGUUCAAACUCGCGCAUUCGUGGCAUUAGGGGUCCUCGCAACGUCCGAUGUCGAUGAUGAUCUAUUGUAUCAGAUGCUCGUAGCGUUCAAGACCGCGUUGACGCAGUCAAGUGAGAGUGACACGAUGUCUGUGAUCGCCAUGUUGCGCUGCAUUCGUUAUGUCGCGCCCCAUUUACCUCGAAACUCGCGUUACCUCUGCCAGUUGUUCUGGCUUGCAGUGGCGCUACUUCAGAGCAGUCAUCGAGGAUCGUAUGUGGAGGCUAUCCAGUUACUGCGCGUCACUCUAGAGACUAUGGACAAGCAGGGUGCAUUCAAAGAACAUGGUGUCGCAGCCACUCUCCUCGAAGGUCGUGCUCCCCUUGAAGAGGUGGCGUGUCAAUUAGAUCAACUCCUUGGUCUUUCCUUCGAGUCCAAUUUCUCGUUCUCCCUGGCAGCAAUCAUCUUUAAAGGCAUGCGGCAUCCAGGUCUCCGUGAUCCCACGGAAGCUGCGCUGAGGAGCUUGAUGAAGAUCACUGUACGCUCCUGUGGGGAAACAGAGCACGCCGAUGACGGACCAGAGAGCCCCAUCUGCCAAGACAUACUGGGCUACUUCCUAGCGUUGCUGCCGGCAUCCACCACUGUGAGAGACUUCCGGCGGUUGCUGGAGGAGUCAGCCGCAGACAAGUCGUGGAUGGCGCAAGACUUCAUUGCUCUAUUCGGCGAGGACGACCCCGUCACGAAAGCCCCAUUCGCACUUCUUGGGCUCGCUGACGGUAAUAUGGCCUUAUUCGUCACUUCCUUCAUCGGCGCGAUGCUCACGACGGCCCAAUCGGACGACACGGAAUCGAAGAUCCUGUACAACUUGCUGUCUGACACUGCAGACGCAUUCCCUGAUGUUGUUACGAUGACGUAUGAAAGUCUCCUGGACAAAAUCCGCGAAGCAUUCGCAAACUCAUCCAGCCCGGAAAUACUGAGUGCUGUCUCGAAUCUCUUCCGUGUCGCGGUACACGACUCCGACGGAAGAGGAUCCACCCGGGGGUCAGUCUCGACGCUCAGCGUCGAUGAUGGAGCGACCCACGGGCCAGGGAAGAACCACUUGGAUGCUCUGGGAGAGCAGGGUAUGCAGGGGUUGACGAAUAGCUUCCAGUUCCUGCCAGCGAACCAGGGACAGGCCGCCACGAAGGUCAUACAUUGGAUUUCGGAGCUUGUAACGAAGAUCAUUGAGUAAUGUGCGCAUUUUAUGAUUCCCUAUUUACAUCGUACAUAGACAGCUUGUAGUAUUUGCACCCUAACUUAAUCAUCUUCUGUACGCACUUCCUUCCCCUUCUCACUGCAGUGCUUUCGUCGACACCCAUGUAUGCGUUUGAUACGGUGUAGCCUUGGUCGCUUGCUGUGCAUGCCUUACCCAUCUCAUUCCUGUAGGAUAUUAUAUGACACAAUCGGAAUCUGGAUCGUCUCA